AAUCUGGUUAAUUUUAAUGUAUAAUCUGUAAAAAAGUUUUUAUCUGUACUGACAACCUCAUAAAAAAUACUGUGCAGCCAGAAAACCUUUAACGUUGCUUGUCAAACUGAUAAUUUUCCUGUGUAAAGAGGACAUUCAUCUCCUGGCAGAUCGCCCGUUAUCGACCGGUGUGGUUUGAUGAUGACGAAUACCCCCGUCACAUCUCUGACAGCUCAACCGCUCCGUACAACAAACAAAGCGGCACAGAAAACAGGCCACAGCUUUACAACUUUAAACCACUGGAAACGUAUUUUCAUCUCCGGCCCUACCACAACAUUUCACACACCGCCUGUGGUCCUCUUCGUGAUUUGAAAGCGCCUGUAGGAUCUGGUUUCUGAUAUCCUGAGAUAAACCAAUGCAGUCAGGGGGAAGAGAGACCAGCAGGAUGAAUGCACACUGAGCCAGGAGCUGCACUCAAGCUACACAAAUAUUAGUCUUUGAAAGGUGUACCUUUGAAAAGAUCGUGGAGGUUUGAUUCCUCGUCCCCCCCACCAGACACCAUGACGUCCUCUAUGCUUCGCAGACAACUGAAGAACCUGGUCCAGAACUACUCUGAGGCUGAGGUCAAGGUGAGAGAGGCGACAUCUAAUGACCCAUGGGGCCCGUCCAGCUCUCAGAUGGCAGACAUCUCCGACCUAACCUACAAUGUGGUGGCCUGCAACGAGAUCAUGACAAUGCUCUGGAAACGCCUGAAAGAUGACAAGAACUGGAGACACAUCCACAAGUCCCUGACACUGCUGGAGUACCUGUUGAAGACUGGUGACGACCGUGUGCUUCUGAAAAUGAAAGACAACAUCUACAUUGUCAAAGCCCUCACAGAGUACCGCUUUGUAGAGAAGGAUGGCAAAGAUCAGGGUGGAAAUGUGAGAGAGAAGGCCAAGGUUGUCCUUGUUCUCAUGGAGGACGAUGAGAAACUAAAGGAAGAAAGAGACUUUGCUUUCAAGACCAGAGAGAAGACGUCAAAAGGUUCUGCUGCCUCAUCCUCGGACGCUGUCAAGGAUCCCAACUACAAGCCAGUCUACGUUGCUGGGGCCACAGGGCUUCCCUCCAUAGACAAUAUACCCUCCGUGGCCGACUUGACUGCUUCCUUUAAUGCCCGCAAAGAGGAGCGCCUUAAACAGGAAGCUGAGAAGAAAGAGGCAGAGAGGAGGGCCAAAAUGAGUGAAGAUGAGCUGAAAUGGGAGGAUGCAGGCAAAGGCACUGAGGAGAAAAAUGAUGCUUGGGGAGCAGGAAAAGCAGAGAACAAGGAAAAGGAGGAGGAGGAGGUGAAACCAGACCCAUGGGGAACCCCCAAAGAACCAAAAGAGGCCACUGAUCCAUGGGGCACACCCGCAAGACCUGCCACAACUGACACAGCAGCCAGCAGUGAUCCCUGGGGGGCUCCAACCAAAACUCAUGAAGAGGCAUUUGCAGCUCCAAAAACUGAAGAAGAUCCAUUCGCGCCACCAAAGAAUGGAGAAGAUCCUUUUGCAGCACCAAAAGAUGAGCCUGAUCCAUUUACUGCAUCUAAAGAUGGACAAGAUCCAUUUGUGGUGAAAAAUGAUUCAGAUCCCUUUGGUGCACCAAAAGAUGACCCUUUCAACGCAACGAAAGAUAGUUCAGACCCCUUCAAUGCACCCAAAGACAAGGAGGAUCCAUUUGCUGCUCCAAAAGAUAAACCAGAUCCCUUCAGUUCGUCUAACCAUGAUCCAUUUAAUGCACCUAAAGAUGACCCAUUCAACACCACAAAAGAAGAUCCAUUUAACACCCCAAAAGAUGAUCCCUUUAACACCCCAAAAGAUGACCCUUUUAACACCCCAAAAGAUGAUCCCUUUAGCGCCCCAAAAGAUGACUCGUUUAACGCCCCAAAAGAUGACCCCUUUAACACCCCAAAAGAUGAUCCCUUUAACGCUCCAAAAGAUGAUCCAUUUAACACCCCGAAAGAUGACCCAUUUAACACCCCAAAAGAUGAUCCCUUUACUGCACCGGCAUCAACACCCCCGAAAGAUGACCCCUUUGCUGCUCCCACAACACCACCCAAAGAGGAUCCUUUCUCUGCACCAUCCAAACUAUCCAAAGAUGAUCCCUUUGCUGCUCCAGCAACACCACCUAAAGAGGAUCCUUUCUCUGCAUCAUCCAAACCUACUAAAGAUGACCCCUUAGCUGCAGCAACAACACCACCUAAAGAGGAUCCUUUCUCGGCACCAUCCGCACCUACAAAAGAUGACCCUUUCACCUCACCAACAACACCCCCUAAGGAGGACCCAUUUGCAGUGCCCUCCAGCCCACCAAAAGAUGAGGCCUCAGAUCCCUUCAAUGCCCCUCAGGUGAACCAAACCCAAGGCAGUGCAGAUGCAUGGGGAGCCCCUGCCACCUCUCCACCCGCCACUGGUUCAGAUCCCUGGGAGGCCCCAUCUGAUCCACAAGUGGAAACAAAGGGCAGAGAUCCCUGGGGGGAUGGGACAAGCGCUUCCUCAGUCGUUGAUAAUUCUGAUCCAUUUGGGGAUGCAUCCAAACCAGACAAUGACCCAUGGGGAGCCCCAGCUGCAGCUCCAGCCAGUACAGAUGAUGCAUGGGGUUCACCUGCUCCACCCUCAGACCCCCCUUCAAGUGACCCCUUUGGAGACGGAGGAUCUAAAACCAGUGAUCCUUGGGGUGCACCGAGCAACGCACCUAGCAAUGGCACAGGAAAGCGAACAACGCAAGAAGAGGACAUACAUAGAAAGACUGCUUCAUUUCUGGGCUCGGUGGGGGCGUCGCUGGUUGACUUGGACAAUCUAUUUUCCUCUAACCCCAAACAGCGCCCCCCUAUCAACACACCCGCCACCCAGACCCAAGCAAUUGGCACUUUUAAAGUCAGGGGCAUGGUGUCUGGCCCUAUGGUCAUUUCAGGGGCUGUUGGAGGGGUGUCCCUCCCUGAAACAUCAGCCCAACCCGGCAGUCCUUUUGGUUCCAUCCAUGCACCGUCUUAUGGUGCACCAUAUCCCACUUUUGGAGCUGCCAAUCCUUCCAGUGAAACUCCCCUGUUUCAGCUACCACCCCUUUCCAUGGGAGGGUCUCAUUCUGGCUUAAAUAUGCUUCAGGCAGCUCAGGUGGCUCCUCUGCAUUCAGGAACUGGAAUGGUACAACCUGUUUCUGGAGGAGGGAGUCCACAAAUUGGAUUUAACAUGAACCCCACCAGGGUUGGAGUGGGCUUGUCUGGAUUUCCGUCAGGGAAUCCUUUAUCAGAAAUAGGGGCAGAACCCCUUUUAUCGGGAGCAGGAAUGGUCCAAUCCAGUUUCUUUGGAGGGAGUCACCACUUGGGAGGUUCCAUUCCGCAAGCCGGAGGUGGAGUCCCCUUGCAGCCACAGCUGCUCUCAGGCAGCGGGUUCGGAGAGACCAUGAACAAAAACAAAAAUCCAUUCCUGUUCUGACAACUUGACCAUGUAAACUGUCCAAUUAAAUAUGUCCAGAUUAAGAAGGAUAAUUGAAUUUGAUUUUUGCACUUAUAGUUACAGGACCACACAGGAUUUUGCAUGUUUAUCCUUGUAUAACAUGAAUACUUCAUGUGUUCAUCACCAACCAUUUUCCAAAACAUAUCCAUAACACUGCAUAUCGCUUUCUAAGUAACUUCCAGGCUGCCAGUGGUUUCAGUUAUGUUCAUUAUGUUAUGAAAACGUACUUGCAAAACCUGCUUAAGAAAGGUAAUCCAUUACAGAGAUAGAACUAAUUUCAACCUUAAUUUAUUGUCAGUGUUACAAUACCAAGAGCUGGUAUUUCAGGUUUGGAGGCAGGGACUGUUAAGGAAGCUCAUAUUGCAAGACAAUGUGGAAGGCAAACAAUAAACAAACACUGACAUCACAAAAAACACAAUGUGAAUUUGUCCACUAUUAUCUUUGAAAGUUUCCUGUUCCGUCACCUACUCUCAAAGCUCAGAUGUUUUUGUCCUAAAAUGCACUAAGAAAGAAAAGUUUCCGAAACUCUUGGCGAACCAAAUUGAAUUGUGAGAGUUCCUGCUUUUAACCAAGCUAGCAUGCAAUAAUUUGUUAUUCUGACAAAAACUAAAUGUUUGCUUUGCUGGACAAUUGCAGCCUGGAAGAUACAGUAGGAAACAAUAUAAGCAUUUAUGGUAUACUUUUGGAAAAAAGGCAGCAGUAACAUGUUUACAGCUUGUCGUGCUAAAACAUGCAAAUCGAUUUGUAUAAUCCUUAAGUAAACCCAGCAGCUCCUCAGCUUACACCUCCCUUCCUGUCCUUAAGAACGAGAGACACAAUAUUGGAAGCAAAACAUUUGGAUCGGCCAGUCUUUUUUUUUUUUCAUGCACAAGUCUAUGAAACCAAGAGCUCCUAAGUGUGAGUGUCUGUGUGGAAACACUAAAGGAUUACUAUUUAUUUUGUUGUUGUAUGAUUCUGUGACUGGACCUGUAAAACUCUUGACGAGACUGAUCUGGGAAAUACGUCACUGUAGGUUUUCAUUGAGUGAGCAUGUGUUUGUACAAGUUGGAGUGUGUGCGUGUGUGUGACCUGUAUGCACACAGUGGUUGUGCAGUAUAUAUUGUGCUGAUGUAAAUAAUGGAAGUAAUCACAAAUAAACCUUGAAAUAUGCUGUAUAUCAAAGUGUUACAAUCAUGAGUAACUAUUUAUUGAUCUAUUUAUUAAUUGAUUUAUUGCUUGAUGAUUUAUUGACGCAACAAUGCAGCAAAAGGCCUCCAACAAAGACAAGAUCAGGUUAAUCAUUACAAUGUCGUUGUGUUGUGCAACCUGUCUGCACUAUCAGACAGGUUGUUCUGAUGGUAGUGAUUACAUAGGAUGAGAAGUGUGAUUGGUUUUAAUCUGAUCGGUUGUUCAAACACUGCAUUAUCAACGAACUCAGUAACCAAUGGUGGCUUUAUCUUCCUUGUUUAGAUUUGUAGUCGUUCUGGAUUCAUUGUGUAAUUCAACAUUGUCUUCUCUGUAGCUCCUGCCAUUAGACAAGAAACAGAAAUGUAUUAUUGUAUGCUGUUUAGCUACAGUGCUGGCUAAAUAAAAAAUAUAAUUUGAACAACUUCUAUAAUGUGCAUGCUGUCUGAGGGGAUCCUGCUCUGUAAGUGUGUGUAUCUGCCUCUCAUCUAUUUGGAGUGUGAGUGAUGAAUGAAAUAUUUGGUCAUACACCUGUGUGAAAAAGCAAACGAAGAUCCCGUCAGCCAUUCUGUUUAAAAGUUUACCUGCAUCAAUUUAUGUAGCUUGACAGACAGCUGCGCAUUUAACAGUGAAAUGACGAAUCGUAGCUUAUGACAUGAAAACAUCACAGCUCAGCAAAUCAAAGCCAUCUUGAAAACAGACAGGACCAAUGACGUGUAAAAGGUCGAAUUGUGUUGAAUUGUUUUGCAUUCUUUGUGUUUAAUGGGCUUGUACAAAACAUCUUGUAUGUUUGUCUCCUUUUAAAUGUGAACUUUGAUGGAAAAAUUAACUGAAAGACAGUAUACAGUUUAGUAGUGAAGGAUCAUAAUGAUAAUUAUGUCUCAGAUUUAAUUUUGUAUGAAAUGAAUUUAUUUUGCUGUGUAUUUAAAUUUGAGGCUGUGUUGUAAACUGUGACUGUAUACAGUACAUUUGAGAAAUAAAAUGA